AUGCCUCUGUCAUUAGAGACGCCCGUCCUGCAGGUCGACGCCAAUGUCAUCCACAAGGUCGACACUACCAACCCCGCCAACCUGUUUAGCAUGUGGACAGUCUUUGCCCGCUGCCGUGACUCCGUUCACCAAGGCCGUCGCCUUGAAAACCUGAGUUGGCGCCUCUGGAACCGGGAGACAUUCUGCUGUGAAAGCGAAGUCGCCGACAUCGAGUCCUCCGCUACCAGCCAGCCUCAGGACAUUCAAAGGUAUCCGGGUGGCGGCGAGGACAUGCCCCAACUGUCCGGUAGUGUUGAUUCAGCUUUGGACGAGGAAGCCGUUGACUUUGGCAACGAUACCGACGCCGAGCCUCUUGAGUACCUCCGCCCCCGGAUACAACGGCAAGACUCGUGCGCCAGCACCCGCAGCCGUGGUCGUGAGCGUCACAUCACCUCCGGUGAUCUUGAGAAGAUGGUCGUUUCCAUCAUUGAGGCCAAGACGCCUCUGAACGCUCCCCUCCCGAGCAUCACUCUCGCCCCACCUCCCGUCGAGGAGACCAAGCCUGCGCCUGUCUUGCACCAGCUCGAGCGGUCGGGGUCGACUACGACAGAGUCUUCCUGCAACACCUCGGAGACCCCCUCCAUGGAGUCGCUGCAGAACGCUGCAUCUCCCCAACCCGCCCCUCAGCUACGACCCACCAUCAUCACCCGUGGCUUCUCUGUCUCUCCCUCUCAACUUCCCAUCAUUCAACAUGCUUCUGCCCAUGCUUCUCGUCAGCCCUCUCCGAGCGUGAUUCCCGAGCCUACCGCCGCUCCUGCUGCCAAGCCUGUCCAGCCUAAGAAGCAACAGGCCCGCUUUGCAUUGGGCGCGUCCAACUCUGGCGACGAUUCCUACACUGACCGCGAGCAGAGCUUCGACCAUAGGAAGCAGCAGAUUCCUCUUCCGCCUAAGAAGAAGAUGUUCCAGGUCGGCAGGGGAUCAUCUGAGGAGGAGGAAUCCCCAAGGGACCUGAAGAGGACAGGUGCCCUUAGCAAGCAAGUCGUCAUCCAGGACAGCUCGGCCAUUAGCGACGACUCGGAUAGCGACUAUGUCGACGAGAGCGCCAUUGAUGACGAUGAUGAUUCGUCGGACUGGGAGGAUUCGGUUGAGGAGAGCGGAAAGUCGAGCGUGGAUGACAAGUUCAACUUCCAGCGUGUCGACUCCAAGGUCAACCUUACUUCUCGGCGAUCGCUCAUCACCCUGAUGCUGCACAACAACACCCGGGCUCAGAAGCUUGGCAACGUCGCCUCGCAGUCCACUUCGGCUAUCCCGCGUGCCCGCACCCAGCUCAACGGACCGUCUGUGGUUCCUUCCCCGAACGACUCCGACGAAGCGCCGUUGAUGAUGAGAGGCAAGCGUGCUCCUCCUAUGCGUCCCAUCAACGAGAUUCCUAGGUCCGUCGCCCAGCCCAUCAACGCGGUUGCCACCGGUAUCCACCACCAAGCUUGCCUGUCUCCUCGUACCACGCGGCGUAACAUGCUUGCCACCGAGCUUACAGAGUCUCUUCGCCGCAACCUGCUCUGGGAGAGAUCCCACAAGAACUCGACAGCCUCUGCGGUGCUCAAGCGUCGCCACACUUCUCAGGAUGUUGCCAACCUUAAGCAGUAUCCUGAGCGUCCCUGCAUGAAGGACGACAACGACAAGGAGCGUUGGGACCAAUACUUCAACAAAAACGCCUACAGCGGCUAUCACGCACAGGGUUGGUAA